AUGCAGAGUAUGAAGAAGAAGAUGAACAGUACUAAUACUAAUGGUAAUGAGAAUAAUGGUGAAGUUCCAAAGCAGAAGGAGAGACAUAUUGUUUCUUGGUCUCAAGAGGAGGAUGAUAUUUUGAGAGAGCAGAUUAGGGUUCAUGGCACUGAAAACUGGGCAAUCAUAGCUUCCAAAUUCAAGGAUAAAACAACCAGGCAAUGUAGAAGAAGAUGGUUCACUUAUUUGAAUUCUGAUUUCAAGAAAGGAGGUUGGUCACCUGAGGAAGACUUGCUCCUAUGUCAGGCUCAAAAGAUAUUUGGCAACAGAUGGACUGAGAUUGCAAAGGUGGUUUCAGGCAGAACUGAUAAUGCUGUGAAGAAUCGGUUCACUACUUUGUGUAAGAAGAGGGCAAAGCAUGAAGCCUUAGCAAAAGAAAACAAUGCUUCAUACAUCAACCUAAACAACAAAAGGGUUAUUUUUCCAAAUGGGUUCAAUGCAGAGGAAGCAUCUGAAUGUGCAGCACCUCUUAAAAAGAUGAGGUCCUACAUCUCGAAUCCUACUGAUAAUUGCCACCAAGGGGAAAAAAUAGUUACAAAAUAUCUAUUUAGACCCCCUUUUGCAGUAUUGGCACAAAACUCCCAUAGUAAUGAGGGUAAAUUGCCAACUCACUUGGAUGUCAACCACGUAAACGAGGCAUCAAUUGAUGGACUUGGAAAUGACAAAAUUCAAGGAAGCUUUCUUAAGAAGGAUGAUCCAAAGAUGCUUGCAUUGAUGGAGCAAGCAGAAUUACUCAGCUCACUUUCAAUCAAACUUAAUUCAGAAAAUACGGAUCAGAAUCUCGAAAAUGCCUGGAAUGUUUUACAGCAUUUUCUGAAGCAAAACAAAGAUAGUGAUCUGCUGGCAUAUAAAAUUUCUGAUGCCGAUUUGCAGCUAGAGAAUUUCAAAGAGUUGAUGGAGAAUUUGAUUAAGAAUGAAGGCAGUAAGCCAUCUUGGAGGCAACCUGAUUUAUAUGAUGAGUCCCCUGCCAGCUCAGAAUACAGUACUGGAUCAAGUAUGCUAUCUCAUGCUCCCGGUGAAAUUCCUGAAGAAUGUCUAGCCAAACGACGUACAUUUCAUCAUGAAACUGGGCUCGAGUUACAAUCAAGUCAGUUGGGUGAUCAACCAAGUCUUGCUAAGGAAAACAGAAUAUGUAUAGCUGGCACAAAUGAAGAGAACAACUUGUUAUCAACUGGUGAAGUAAAAGCUAACAAUGGAGUUGUGGGUGAAUAUACAGAAUUCAGUUCCCCUCUUCAAGUGACUCCACUAUUCAGGUCGUUGGCAGCUGCAAUUCCCAGCCCGAAAUUUUCAGAAAGUGAGAAGCACUUCUUAAUGAAAACAUUUGGGAUGGAGUUACCAUUCCCAAGUCCAAGCACCAAUCCUUCCCAAGCUCCACCUUGCAAAAGGCUUAUGAAGAUCUUCUUUGCAAUCUAUGGUGCUAAGGAGCAUUCCGUUUUUUGGCUAGAUAAGCCGAUUGUACAGGCCCCAUACUUCAAUUCUUUAGUUAUUCGGAGUUCAUUAUACAAUUACAUCUCGCCAACUAUACCCUUCAGAGAUCGAAAAAAGAAAGAUGAAAAACAGGAGACAGAGAAGAGGACCAACCAGUUGCUUUGGGCUCCUAUUUACUGCACUUUGAUGUGCACAGAACUAUGUAACAAGUUUUCAUGGUGUGUUAGAUAUUGUUGUAUUCCCUACCUUAUGGAAUGA